AUCGGUCGGAGUCGGGAUUAGUCGGGAAAAACUUUUACCAGUAGUAUUGUGAUCCAAAUAAUGCUUUUUAUUGACGCUUUUCUGGAUUUAAACCCUUAAAAAGGCCAUUACAAUAUUGAAUUCACAGUUAUUGCUAGAGAAAGAUGGCUACAAUAUCUCUAACUAUUCAAGAUAUCCUACCAUACGGCAACAAGUCGACUAAUAAGAAACUGAACCUGGAUACCGUGUUACCGUUUGUAAUAUUGCCACUUUUACUUCUAAUAGCUACUCUGUCUCAAACCAUCACUAUCGCGGUGAUGGUAGCUAUCAGCAUGGGCGUUUUGUACGUACUUUCACGGCCACGUCAAAAAAACAGAUCCCCAUUUUUCUUUUCAUGGACGCUGUCAUCAGGCAUAUACUUGUUCCUGGUAUUUGAACUUAGCAUUAUGAAGCUGCUUGAGAUAACACAGCUUGAAAAUUUCAUAUUCCUUGUGCUGUUAACUUGUACAUGCUAUUAUUUUUACAAAAUGAAGGCUGUUGCGGACUUUGAAUUAGCUACUGGUUCAUCGAAAGGGAAAGAAUACAGCCCUGUCCUGACUUCUGAUUCUCACUACUGCCAGGUCUGCCAAAUAGAAGUAAAUGAUAGAUUUUUUCACUCAAUAUGGUGGGACUGCUGUGUAGUUCGUCCAAAUUACAUUUAUUUUGUAAUAGGACAAAUAUUUGCAUUUGCCACAAUUUUAUUUGGCGUAAUCUUGGGACUUACGACAGUAUGCCAACCUUAUGUGCUUUUUGGCUCUGUACUAGUUCCACAAGAUUGUGAUGAUGUGUAUUUUGAGUUCAGCCUAGCACUUGGGUUUGUCGCAUGUAUCUAUGGUCUAGGCUACUUAUUGGUCAUAACUAUUGUCUUAAUCCAUCAACUAAUAGUAUACAUUCCAAAAUAUACAGAACCUCAAUGGAGGAGGCUUGUGAAUGUUCUCAAUGUUUGAAGGAAAGGCACUACCAGGUAUAUGUACCUAAUCUCAAAUUAAGAAUUCCUAUUAAAUUCGUGACAAAGUCAUUGGAUAGGUUCCCGAUCCCAUAGGUGGGUAGUUCCCAGAGAUUAUAGAUGAGGGAUAUAAAUUACUUAUGUUUGACCAAAGUAGUUGUAUUAUUAUCAUUAGUUAAUCUACUUUUACGAAUAUAAAACAUAAC